CUCGGGUGCCUCUUAGGGGGUGGGGAAGUGGUUUCGUGAGGAGAAUUUGAGUUUAACUUACAAGACCUAAUUAUGAGUGAUCAAAUCAAAUUCAUUGUGGACAAUCUCAAUAAGGAGCCUUUUAGGAAGAACUAUAAUUUGAUCACAUUUGAUUCCCUGGAGCCAAUGCAACUAUUACAAAUUCUCAAUGAUAUUCUGGCUGAGAUUGACCCAAAGCAAGUUGUUGAUAUCAGAGAGGAGAUGCCAGAGCAGACAGCCAAACGGAUGUUGAGCCUUCUUGGUAUCCUUAAAUACAAACCUCCAGGAAAUGCCACAGACAUGAGUACCUUUCGUCAGGGUUUGGUGAUUGGGAGUAAACCUGUAAUUUACCCAGUGCUCCACUGGCUUCUUCAGAGGACUCCUGAACUGAAGAAAAGAGCAUAUUUAGCUCGUUUUUUAAUAAAACUUGAGGUACCAAGUGAGUUUCUUCAGGAUGAAACUAUGGCAGACACCAAUAAACAGUAUGAAGAGUUGAUGGAAGCCUUCAAAACUUUACAUAAAGAAUGUGAACAGCUCAAGACAUCUGGAUUUUCUACAGCAGAAAUAAGAAGGGAUAUCAGUGCAAUGGAAGAAGAAAAGGAUCAGCUCAUUAAGAGAGUUGAACGUUUGAAGAAAAGGGUGGAGACAGUUCAAAAUCAUCAACGAAUGCUUAAAAUAGCAAGGCAACUUCGAGUUGAAAAAGAGAGAGAAGAAUUUCUUGCACAACAGAAACAGGAACAAAAGAAUCAGCUAUUUCAUGCAGUGCAGAGAUUGCAAAGAGUACAAAACCAGCUGAAAAGUAUGCGCCAUGCUGCAGCAGAUGCAAAGCCUGAAAGUUUAAUGAAGAGGCUAGAGGAGGAGGUAAAAUUUAAUUCAUAUAUGGUAACUGAAAAAUUUCCUAAAGAAUUAGAGAACAAGAAAAAGGAAUUGCAUUUUUUACAAAAAGUGGUUUCAGAGCCAGCUAUGGGCCAUUCUGAUCUUCUUGAACUUGAAUCUAAAAUAAAUGAAAUAAACACACAGAUCAAUCAGCUGAUUGAAAAGAAGAUGAUGAGAAAUGAGCCAAUUGAAAGCAAACUCUCACUAUAUAGGCAACAGGCAUCUAUCAUUUCUCGUAAAAAAGAAGCCAAAGCUGAGGAACUUCAGGAGGCCAAGGAGAAGUUAACCAGCCUAGAGAGAGAAGUGUCAUUAAAGACAAAUCAGACCCGUGAAUUUGGUGGUACUGAAGUUUUGAAGGGAGAUGAGCAAGCUAUUGAGGAGAAAAAGGGUAUAUCUGGAUAUAGUUAUACCCAAGAGGAGCUAGAAAGAGUGUCUGCACUGAAGAGUGAAGUCGAUGAAAUGAAAGGACGGACGCUGGAUGACAUGUCCGAAAUGGUAAAAAAACUGAAUUCACUGGUAUCUGAAAAGAAGUCAGCUCUAGCUCCAGUUCUAAAAGAACUACGACAGUUGCGUCAGAAAUGUCAAGAAUUAACCCAGGAGUGUGAUGAAAAGAAAUCCCAGUAUGAUAGCUGUGCAGCGGGCCUCGAAAGCAAUCGGUCCAAAUUAGAACAGGAAGUUAGAGGACUUCGUGAAGAAUGUCUUCAAGAAGAAAGUAGAUACCAUUAUACAAAUUGCAUGAUUAAGAACCUAGAAGUUCAACUUCGUCGUGCUACUGAUGAGAUGAAGGUAUAUGUCUCUUCUGAUCAGCAAGAAAAAAGAAAGGCAAUUAGGGAACAGUAUACCAGAAAUAUUGCUGAGCAAGAAAACCUUGGAAAGACGCUUCGGGAAAAACAAAAAGCUGUACGAGAAAGUCAUGGUCCAAAUAUGAAACAAGCAAAAAUGUGGCGUGAUUUUGAACAAUUGAUGGAAUGUAAGAAACAGUGCUUUCUGAAACAACAAAGCCAAACUUCCAUUGGUCAGGUAAUUCAGGAGGGAGGAGAGGACCGGCUGAUACUCUGAAUUCGCAUGUCAUUGUUUAGAAUUAUUAGUUGAUACUACUAACUAUAAGCAUGAUCCCAUUAUGUAUUUCUUUUCUCUAAAGUGAUUUGUACAACAUUUUGCUUUCGGAUUAGCUAUUCUUUAUUAAGGUUUCUUGGAAAAUAAUGUUAAGGUAGAUUUAGAUUUUAAAGUUUUUUCAUAUGAAAAAGAGGCUUUCAUUGUUUUGCUUAUUUGAGAUAUCGGUGGUGUCUUCUGAGUUUUACGAGACAGGAGGCUAAGUUUACUAUCUGUAAAUGUAAACAUAUGUCCAUUAAGAAACAUAGUUUUUUAAAAAUGUAAUAACCCAGUGGCUUAAUGUUUUUCUUAAUCUUUUUUUAACUUUAGAGGAAUCUUUUAGGAACUAAUAUCUCUUGUUUUGAAGAAACAUUUAUACGAAGUUCAGCAAUUCCUACAGUUUCACUUCAGUUUCUUUUUCUUCUGUAAAAUGCAAAAAAAUUUAAUAUUUUGAAUAGCAUAUUUGUUCUAUUUGUAUAAUUUAAAAGCAAAUAAAACUUGGUACAUAUAUCAUGGAUGUUUAUUUAAAA